CCCUAUUUCUCGUCCCACCAUUCCCCCGUCCUACCCUCCUCCCCUAACUUGCACCCAGACGACCUAUGCACCUUCUGCCCCUCCGCUUCCUUCACCUCAAGCCCCGCCACCCCAGCAAACAACCUCUUCUCCCAACUCUUCCAACUCCAACGCUAUUGUUCCGUUUCGUCCCCCUGCCGUCCCAUCCCAAGUUGCUCCCUGAGGACCUAAACCUAGGAGUAAUGACGGCGAAGUUGUUUCCCUCCUCAAAGAACUGGUGAACGAGCGUAGGGAAGAGAGGGACAGACGACGCGAGGAGGAAGAGCAGGAAAGAAGAGCAGACAAGAAUUAUGAAGGAGGAAGAGAAGAAACGUCUUGAAGAGGAGGAAGCACGGCAAGCUGAGAAGGAAGCAAGGAUGGCUAGAAUGAUUAAUGCGAAAAUGGAGGAACUCGACAAGCAGCAUCAAGCCAGGACGAAAGAAGAAAACAAGAAGAUAUGGAAGGAGAUCGAGAGAGUAGUUGGAGAUCCCAUGUGCGCACACCAUGGUAAGGAUGCUGUUCUGGAAGCUGGCGACAAUCGGAAGCGGUCUCAAGAAGAGAUGGAAGGCUCUCCUCCUAUUCUUCCUACUCAAGGCAGACCACGAGUUGCUGUCCCGAUGACGCAAGGAACCACUCAUCUUUCUCCUCUUGAUGCUGGCCUGUUACUGAUGGAACUCGACAAUGUCCAGCGGUCCCAAGAUUCGCAGUUUGGUUUCAUUCGGCGCAUGAUGGAAUUGGUUGAGAAGCUGAGCUCCCAGACGCCGAUGUGUUUGUCCAACCCAGGAGGAGUUGAGGAGGAACCUUUGGGUUUCGAUCGUGUAAUCCUAGGAAAGAAAGUUGUUGUUGCCUCUGCCGGAAAUGAAGGUCGCGCCAAGUAUAUCGAAGAUUUGAAGAAGGAACUUCUGACGAAAUCCAAGUACCAGUUGGAGUCGCUUUGGAAGGCGGAUCAGAUCAAGUAUUUCAACAAAAAGCAAGCAUCUACGGAUCUCGUGGAGAUUAGAGCCCGUGAUGCCUACGGCGACGAAUCAGAGGAAGAGGGACUUGACAACAUUGCUGCUGACGCCCAAGAGGAGAAUCCCUCUUGAUGAUUUAUUGAUCUGGCGUAUGUCCGGUUGCUUUGGCAACAUAC